AUGAGUAAAUUCUUUUAGGAGGAAUCCAAUUCAGAAGGGGAAAAUGAGGCUCCUAGAGGAGGCCCUGAAGUAGAUGCAGGAUAAGCAUCACAAGCAACAAGAACUAGAAUUAUCUAAGGAUUGAUAGAUUCAGAUGAUGAUGAAGGAUAGAGAGUGAUAGUCACAGAGAAGGAAAAAAGAUACACAAGAUUGAGAGAAAUCAUUAAAGAAAUCAAGAUUAAAAUCAAAAACCAGGAUUUUGUUACAUUAUUGGACAAAUUCGAAGAAUUAAACAAGGAGGUUGAAAAGAGUGCUAAAGUAUUUGAAAAAGAGGGAGGAUUGCCUAGAUUCUAUAUAAGAGUUAUGUGUUAGAUCGAAGUGUUGAUACUCUAAUUUACAGCUGAAUAAAAAAAGAAAUUGGGAGUCAAUAAUAGCAAAGCUUACAACACAUUAAAACAAAGAAUCAAAAAGCAUAACUUGACUAUUAAGGACAAAAUUGACGAAUUCAUCAAUAAUCCUGUCACUACUGAUCAGAGUGAAGAUGAGAGAAAGAAGAAAGUGAGAGCAGAAAAAAAGGCAGCUGGAUCUGAUUCUGAACCAGAAGCACAAUAGAAGGAAGAAUCAUCAGAUUCUGAGGAUGAUGAUAAAUAUUUGCUUUAAUCCAAUGAUCCAAUGGUCAGGAGAAGGUAUUGGUUAAAAAAGAAAUUACCAGAUAAAAAAGACCAAAAGGUUGAAGAGAUUUAACAAGAGAAAGUCAAUAAGAAGGUUGCUGUAGACAUCGAUUAUGAUGUUAAAUUCGAUAUUGCUUAAAAUAAAGAAAUUCAUAUUGAUUAUGAUCCUGAAGCAGUCAAGAAGAAGUUAGAGCAGAUUGUCUCAUCUAGGGGAGUUCAAAAGAAUUAAGUGGAGAAUCUUUACAUUUGUGAAAAAUACAUCUAGUAUUUCAUCAAGGAGAAUCUCCAAAGAGCUGUGGAAAUAUUGCUUAUCACAAUUUCAUUAUAGAUUGAUCAAGCAAAAUCAGAAGCACCCUUCUAUUUCAAUAGAUAAUCAUGGUUGUAAAUCUAUUAAAAUACAUUCCUCUUAUUCUCACUUCAUCAAGACAAGGGAGUCAAAGUUGAAAAGUUGCAUACCUACAGCAAAUAUGAUUAAGAAAACUCCUUCUCUGAGUUCAGAUUCAUCAGCACUCUUUUAGUCAAUUUCUAAACACUCGAGGUUGAACUAAAUAAGGCCUUCUAAAAUGUUGAUUAUUACACUUAGGAAUAUGCUGAAAGACUCAGUGAUCUAUAUUAAUUAACACAUCUAUCCCAAAAAUUGUUGGAAUUACUCAAAAUCAAGAAUGACACUGCCAACAUUGCAUUGAUGAGUUUCAAACAAUUAGAAGCCAUCUAUUACAUUGGACCUGCUGUGAUCUAAAAGUUGUUGGAAUUAUAAACUAAUAAGUAAGCAGCAACUCCACUAUAAAUCUUUGGAAAUGGUGAUAUUUCAUCCAAGAUCUAAUCUCUUGUUGAGAAUAUUCUCAAAUAUGGAGAUAAGGAAACCAUUGUAAAGGCAACACUUUAUUGGGUUUACAAUCUAGCUUUGAAUGGAAAAUAUGAGUAGGCUCAUGAAAUAUUCAUAUCCAACAUCUCAUAUGAUUAAAUCUCAUAAAUGAAAACAUUGAUUCAAUUAUAUUAUAAUAGAGCUUUGGUCUAAUUGGGAUUCGGAGCUUUCAGAUAAGGAUUAAUAUAUGAGACUCACCUCCAUUUAGCUGAUUUAUUGAGCAGAGACAAAGUUCUGAAGGAUUUACUCUCCUAAAAUUAUAUGAAAUAAGUUGAAGGAGAAUACAGGUAUACUGUCCCAUAUCAUAUGUCAAUUAAUGUUGAGACUAUUGAAUUUGUUUAUUUAUUGGCUGCCAUGUUAUUGGAAGUUCCAAACAUAAACUAAGAUCUAUUUGAGGAUUCUCAUAAAAUCAUUAGUAGAAAAUUCAGAUAACUUUGCCAAUAUUAUGAUUCAUAAACUUUCAAUCCAUAACCUGAAAAUAUGAGAGACUUGAUUUAUGCAGCAUCCAAGGAAUUGGCCAAAGGAAAUUGGACUAAAUGCUGGGAUCUCCUAAAAUAGAUUCAACUUUGGACCAGAAUUCCUUCUUAUGAGCAAGUCCAAUAGCAAUUAAAAGAAAGAGUUUAAGAAUAGGCUUUGAAGUGCUACUUGUAUACUUUCAAGAAUGCCUUUUCUAAUAUUUCCAUCAAUUACCUCAGGGAAAGAUUUUAAUUGUCUGAAUAAAUCACAAAGACUAUUGUUUAUAAGAUGAUUUAUUAUGGAGAAAUUAAAGCGAUCAUUGAUAAUUAAGAUUAAUCCUUCUUGAUUUUUGUAAAUGAUGACAUUUCUAAUUAAACCAAAAGAUUGGCUAGUGUACUUAUUGAGAAGUUAAAUCAGUAAUGUAAAAAUAAUGAAAAAUUAAUGGAUUCUAAAAUUGGAAGUUUUGGUAUUGCUGUAGACAAAGAAAGUGUAGAUCAAAUAAACAAGCAAAAGAAAAAAAAUGUUACUAAAAAUAAAAAACCUCCAAAUGCAUCAACAAAAAGAAAAUGAUAAUUUUAUUACAUUAAAUAAUCUAAAGUAUAGUAUA